AUGUCGAUGGAGGUCUUGGCUCCCUCCAAUUCGUCGACUGCGGCGGCAGUCCAAUUCAUUACAUUUGUUCAGGAUCUGAAGCGGAAGACCAAGACAUGGGGUCCGAUGAUAGAACUCUGCGCCAGCGGCGAGAAGACACUAGAACGCUUUCGAUACCAGUUUUCAGACGACUGGCUGUACAGCGACCAGCUUAGAGGAGAGUGGAGCGCGUACAACGAGAUCUUGAAAAGAAAGAAUGACUCUAUCCAGGAGCAGCUUGCGGGCUUGCAACUCAAGAUUGUUGCGGAGGACAAGAUUAUAGAGAACAAGAUCAGCGACAUUAUCGCCGAAUGGGAGCAGACCCGACCAGUGCAAGGAAGUAUUCGCGCCGACACUGCGCUCAACACUAUCAAUGUCUUCGAGGGACGCUUGAAUCGCGUGCAAGAAGAAUACGACCUUGUCUGCAGAGCAAAGGAGGCACUUGACCUUGAACUGAUACGCCACACACGUCUGGAACCCAUCUUCGAAGAACUCCGCGACCUGAAAAGCGUGUGGACCGCGCUGUCUGGAAUCUGGAGUCAGCUUGGAGAGCUUCGCGAGAUGUCUUGGGCGACUGUGCAACCACGGAAGCUAAGGCAGCAACUUGACGGCUUAUUGUCGUCGACCAAGGAAAUGCCGACUCGAAUGCGCCAGUAUUCCGCAUUCGAAUACGUCCAGGAAGUCCUCCGAGGACUCCUGAAAUCGAACGCGUUGAUAUCUGACCUCAAAUCCGAGGCACUGAAGGACAGGCACUGGAAGCAACUCUUUAAGGUUCUUAAGGCGCCGACUCAGGUCAGCUUAACGCUGAUGACUCUUGGGCACGUAUACGACAUGGAUCUGAAGAAGAACGAGGCCAUCAUCAAGGAAGUCAUUAUUCAAGCUCAAGGAGAGAUGGCGUUGGAGGAAUACAUCAAGCAAGUUAAAGAAACUUGGACGAACUAUACCUUGGAUCUCGUCAACUAUCAGAACAAGUGUCGUCUCAUCCGCGGGUGGGACGAUCUAUUCAACAAGUGUAGCGAGAACCUCAACUCUCUCAUGGCGAUGAAGUUGUCGCCAUACUAUAAGGGUGCAUGGGAAGAGAAGCUCAAUCGAAUCCAUGUUUUGUUCGACGUCUGGAUAGAUGUACAACGACAGUGGGUAUACCUUGAGGGUAUCUUCUCUGGCAGUGCCGACAUCAAACAUCUCCUUCCGGUGGAGAGCGCCCGUUUCAACAACAUCAACACUGAAUUCUUGGCGGUCAUGAAGAAGGUGUACAAAUCGCCUUUCGUUGUGGACGUCAUGAAUAUUCCGGGCAUCCAGAAGAGUCUCGAGCGUCUCGCUGAUCUACUCAACAAGAUUCAGAAGGCUUUGGGAGAGUACCUUGAGCGGGAGCGUGCUUCCUUCCCUCGCUUCUAUUUCGUCGGUGAUGAAGACUUGCUCGAGAUUAUCGGUAACUCGAAGGAGAUCCUUCGCAUCGUGAAGCAUCUCAAGAAGAUGUUUGCGGGUAUCUCGACCAUCAAUCUGGAUGACGAGCUAACCAUGAUCCGUGGUAUGGCCUCACGAGAAGGCGAAGAGGUCAUGUUCAAGGAUCCCAUCUUGCUGAAGGAUUACCCGAAGAUCAAUGACUGGCUCAGCAAGCUCGAGGCUGAGAUGCGCGUUUCUCUCGCGCAGCUGCUUUGCGACGCAGUUGCUGAGCUGCAGGCUUUUUACGGCGCCGGAGAUUCACUUCCACAGGACCAAUUCAUCGCAUGGGUCGAGAAAUUUCCCGCCCAGCUCGUCACUCUUGCUAUCCAGGUUGCAUGGACUGCCUCCAUUGAGAACGCUCUGCAGAAGGGCGAACCUCUCGACGGUCCUCUCGAGACCAUUCGUCAAGGCUUGGACCUUUUGGCCGAUGUUGUCCUUUCAGAGCUUGCACCGGUUACUCGUCGGAAGUGUGAACACCUCAUUACCGAACUUGUCCAUCAGCGAGACGUUACUCGCGCUCUCAUUCAACAAAAGGUCAUCGACAAUCGAGCAUUCUCUUGGCUGUAUCAGAUGCGCUUCUACCUGGACCUCAAUGUUGAGAACCCGUUAGAAAGGCUCGCUAUUCGGGUCGCUGACGCCACCUUCCCAUAUGGCUGGGAGUAUCUUGGUGUUCCCGACCGCCUCGUCCAGACACCACUUACGGAUAGGUGUUACUUGACCCUGACCCAAGCUCUCGACAGCCAGCUCGGCGGCUCCCCUUUCGGUCCUGCAGGCACCGGCAAGACCGAAUCCGUCAAGGCACUUGGUGUACAACUUGGCCGGUUCGUGCUUGUCUUCUGCUGUGACGAGACCUUCGACUUCCAGGCCAUGGGCCGUAUCUUCGUUGGCCUGUGUCAAGUCGGUGCUUGGGGCUGUUUCGAUGAAUUCAAUCGCCUCGAAGAGCGCAUCUUGUCUGCUGUCUCGCAGCAAGUUCAAAGCAUCCAGCAAGGUCUUGCAGCUGUGGCAAAGAAUCCGAAUACGGAGAUCGAGCUUGUUGGUAAGAACGUAAAGAUUAACGGCAACAUGGGUAUCUUCAUCACCACUAACCCGAACUAUGCCGGUCGUUCAACUCUGCCACCAAAUCUGACCAAGUUGUUCAGGCCAAUGGCCAUGACCCGUCCGGAUCGCGAGCUCAUCGCUCAAGUCAUGCUGUUCUCGCAAGGUUUCCGUACGGCUGAGUCUCUCGCCUCGAAGAUCGUUCCUUUCUUCAACCUUUGCGACGAGCAACUAUCGCCUCAGCCUCAUUAUGACUUCGGUCUGCGUGCGCUGAAGGCCGUCUUGGCGAGUGCUGGUAUCUUGAAGCGUGAACGUCUCCAGACGGCUCGCGAGGAGGGUGACACGGAGGGGCUUUCUGACAGCGCCUCUGAACAAGUUAUCCUCAUCCAGAGUGUCACCGAGACCAUUGUUCCCAAGCUGGUGGCGGACGAUGUUCCUCUUCUCACGAGCUUGCUCGCCGAUGUGUUCCCCGGUGUCGACUAUGUUCCAGUCAACUUGGAUGCGCUUCGCGAGCAGAUCAGCAAGGUCUGCGUGGAGAAGAGGCUCGUUCAGGGCGAGCGCUGGAUCUCGAAGAUUCUCCAGCUCUAUCAGAUUCAGAAGAUCCAGCAUGGUCUCAUGAUGGUCGGCUCCUCUGGAAGCGGCAAGACCAACGCCUGGCAGGUCCUCCUGGCAGCACUCGAAAGGCUAGACGGUGUUGAAGGUGUCUCCUACGUCAUUGAUCCGAAGGCCAUGCACAAGGAUGCGCUCUAUGGUACUCUUGAUCCCACGACUCGCGAGUGGAACGAUGGCCUCUUCACGCACACGCUCCGUAAGAUCGUUGAUGACGUUCGUGGUGAGAGUAGCAAGAGGCAUUGGAUCAUCUUCGACGGCGAUGUGGACCCUGAGUGGGUUGAGAACUUGAACUCUGUGCUCGAUGAUAAUAAGCUGCUCACGCUGCCGAACGGAGAACGUCUCAAUCUUCCUCCAAACGUUCGCAUCAUGUUCGAGGUUGAACAUCUCAAGUAUGCUACCCUCGCUACCGUCAGCCGCUGCGGUAUGAUCUGGUUCAGUGAGGACGUUGUUGAGCCGUCUAUGGUCUGCCGCAACUAUCUCGACACGCUUGCAUUCGUUCCGCUCGAUGCCGAGGACGAGGACGCCUUAGAUAUUCCCGGCCGCCGGGUCGAUGGCGAAGAUGCACAGUUCGCAAACCUAGCCACUCAGAAGCAGAUUGCUGCUGUCCUCGAGCCAUUCUUCGCUGAAGAUGAUCUCGUCCAUAACGCCCUCAAGUACGCUGAAGGCAUCGAGCACAUCAUGGACUUUACCGAGACUCGGGCGCUCAACACUCUUUUCUCACUUGUCAACAAGACCGUCCGUAACGUCAUCGAGUACAACUUGCAGCACUCCGACUUCCCGCUCAGCGCUGAACGUGUUGAGAACUACGUCACGAAGCGGCUACUGAUCAACAUCAUCUGGGCGUUCUCUGGAGAUGCGAAGCUCGACCUACGUGCUGAAAUGGGCGAGUUCCUUCGAAAGCAGACUGGUAUCGACCUUCCUCCGCUUGCGCAAGGUGGUUCUCUGUUGGACUAUGACGUGCAGAUCAACAACGGAGAAUGGUUGGCUUGGCAAACUCGUGUGCCGCAGAUUGAAAUCGAACCACAAGCAGUCACCGCAUCUGACAUCGUCGUCCCGACCGUCGACACUGUACGCCAUGAGGAAGUGCUCUACUCUUGGUUGUCUGAACACAAGCCUCUCAUGCUCUGUGGUCCCCCUGGUUCGGGCAAGACUAUGACACUCUUUAGUGCCCUCCGUAAACUCCCUGACAUGGAAGUCGUCGGUCUCAACUUCUCGAGUGCUACUACGCCAGAAUUGAUCCUCAAAACGUUCGAGCAAUACUGCGAGUAUCGCAAGACACCAAACGGCGUUAUUCUGGCCCCCGCCCAGAUCGGUCGCUGGCUCGUCGUAUUCUGCGAUGAGAUUAACCUGCCUGCCACCGACAAGUACGGAACGCAGCGUGUAAUCUCCUUCAUUCGCCAGCUCGUUGAGUCUGGGGGAUACUGGCGCACCUCCGACAUGGCCUGGGUCAAACUAGAGCGUAUCCAGUUCGUUGGAGCUUGCAACCCGCCAACAGACCCUGGUCGUGUGCCUUUGAGCCACAGGUUUUUGCGGCACGCUCCGCUGGUAAUGGUCGAUUAUCCUGGAGAGCUGUCGUUGAAACAGAUCUACGGCACGUACAACCGCGCACUCCUGAAGGUCGUGCCGAACCUCCGAGCGUACGCUAGUCCCCUCACGGAUGCCAUGGUCGAUCUCUACCUUGCAUCGCAGAAACGCUUCACCACCGAUAUCCAGGCGCACUAUGUCUACAGUCCUCGCGAACUGACUCGAUGGGUUCGAGGUAUAUAUGAAGCAAUUCGCCCCCUCGAAAUACUCUCCGUUGAAGGUCUGGUACGGGUCUGGGCACACGAAGCGUUGCGUCUGUUCCAGGAUCGUCUCGUCACCGAAGAAGAGAAGCAGUGGACCGAUGAGCACAUUGACUCUGCCGCUAUGGAGCACUUCCCGACCAUCAACAGGGACGAAGCUCUCGCUCGCCCCGUCCUGUUCUCCAACUGGACGUCGAAGAACUAUAUCUCUGUCGAUCGCGAAGUCUUGCGAGAGUACACAAAGGCUCGGCUCAAAGUGUUCUAUGAGGAAGAGCUUGACGUCCCACUCGUCCUGUUUAACGACGUGCUCGACCAUGUCUUGCGUAUCGACCGCGUCUUCCGCCAGGUGCAGGGACAUCUUCUGUUAAUUGGUGUUAGUGGUAGCGGUAAAACUACGCUAUCUCGCUUCGUCGCUUGGAUGAACGGCUUGAGCAUCUUCCAGAUCAAGGUGUCAAAUAAAUACACUGGAGACGACUUUGACGAGGAUCUUCGAACAGUCCUUCGUCGCGCCGGCUGCAAGAGCGAGAAGGUUUGCUUCAUCAUGGACGAGUCGAACGUUCUUGACUCUGGCUUCCUGGAACGCAUGAACACCCUCUUAGCCAAUGCCGAAGUCCCCGGUCUGUUCGAGGGAGAUGAACACGCCGCACUCAUGACAGCUUGCAAGGAAGGUUCGCAGCGUGAUGGUCUUAUGCUGGACUCGCACGAGGAACUGUACCGCUGGUUCACUCAGCAGGUCGCCAAGAACUUACAUGUCGUCUUCACGAUGAAUCCUCCCGAGAACGGUUUAGCUUCCCGAGCUGCAACUUCCCCCGCCCUGUUCAACCGUUGUGUCCUCGACUGGUUUGGUGAUUGGUCUGAUCAGGCGUUCUAUCAGGUCGGUAUGGAGUUCACGCACAUCCUCGACUUGGAUCUUUCUUCAUACAGUCCCCCGGCUCACUUCCCUAUCGCGUACCGUGAGCUUUCUAUGCCACCUGUUCAUCGUACGGCCGUCGUCAAUGCUCUGGUCUAUGUGCAUCAGUCCUUGCACCAGAUCAACCAACGUCUGAGCCGCCGUCAGGGUCGAUACAACUAUGUUACUCCGCGGCAUUAUCUCGACUUCAUCAACCACUACGUUCGGCUGUAUAACGAGAAACGCGACGAACUCGAAGAACAGCAGCGCCACUUGCACGUUGGUCUGGACAAGCUCAGAGAUACGGUUACGCAAGUCGAAGAGCUGCGAAAGAGUCUCGCAAUCAAACGGUCUCAACUGGAGGCCAAGAACACCGAAGCUAACGAUAAACUGAAACGUAUGGUGGCAGACCAGCAGGAAGCGGAGCAGAAGAAGGCUGCCUCGAUCGAGAUUCAGGCUGCGCUCGUGGAACAGGAUCGUAACAUUGAGCAGCGUCGUGCCGUCGUUAUGGCAGAUUUGGCGGACGCUGAACCAGCUGUGCUCGAAGCCCAAUCUGCUGUCAGCAACAUCAAGCGACAGCACUUGCAGGAAGUCCGUACCAUGGCAAACCCUCCCGAAGCAGUCAAGCUAGCGAUGGAAUCCGUAUGCACCCUCCUAGGGCACAAGAUCGAUAGCUGGCGAACGGUCCAAGGUAUCAUCCGUCGUGACGACUUCAUUCAACGCAUUGUCAAUUUCGAUACGCAGAACCAGAUGACCAGACAACUGCGCGAGCUCAUGAAGAAAGAGUUCCUCAGCAGACCGUCUUUCAACUUCGAGACCGUCAACCGUGCAUCCAAGGCUUGUGGUCCCUUGGUCAAGUGGGCGAUCGCUCAAGUUCGCUUCUCCGAGAUUCUCGACAAGGUCGAGCCCUUGCGUAACGAAGUUCAGUCGCUCGAAGACCGGGCCGAGCAGACCAAGGAGCAAGCACAGAUGAUCAUCAAGAUGAUUUCCGAGCUCGAGGCCAGUAUUGAAAGGUACAAGGAAGAGUAUGCUGCUUUGAUUCGCGAGACGCAAGCCAUUCAAGCCGAGAUGGAGCGCGUUCAGAGCAAGGUUGAUCGCAGCAUGAAGCUCCUUGAGAGUUUGUCGUCCGAGAAGUCACGUUGGGAACUUGGAAGUCGUACGUUCGACACCGAGAUGAGCACCAUCGUCGGCGAUGUCCUCCUGUCGGCCGCCUUCUUGGCAUAUGCCGGGUUCUUCGACCAGCAAUAUCGUGAGAUGAUGUGGCAGGCAUGGUCCACUCACCUCGCCGACGCAAACAUCAAGUUCAAGAGUGAGCUGUCCCUUCCGGAGUACUUGUCGACGGCGGAUGAUCGCCUCAGCUGGCAGUCCAAAUCUCUUCCAUCUGAUAACCUCUGCAUCGAAAAUGCCAUUAUGAUCAAGAGGUUCAGCCGUUACCCCCUUAUCAUCGACCCUACUGGCCAGGCGACAGGCUUCUUGCUCAACGAAUACAGGGACCGCAAGAUCACCGUCACUAGCUUCCUUGACGAAGCCUUCCUCAAGGUCCUGGAGAGCGCCCUGCGUUUCGGUAACACUCUGCUCAUUCAAGAUGUCGAGCAUCUAGAUCCAAUUCUCAACCCAGUUCUCAACAGAGAGAUUCGCAGGACGGGUGGUCGUGUUCUUAUCCGCUUGGGUAACCAGGAUAUCGAUUUCUCGCCAUCCUUCACCAUGUUCCUUUCCACUCGGGAUCCGUCUGUCGAAUUCUCUCCGGACAUCUGCAGUCGAGUGACGUUCGUCAACUUCACGAUGACGAGGAGCAGUCUGCAGAGCCAGUCUCUUGACCAAGUGCUCAAAGUAGAGCGUCCAGACACUGAGCGCAAGCGUACCGAUCUAAUGAAGAUGCAAGGCGAAUUCAGGCUCCGUCUUCGUACACUGGAGAAGCUCUUGCUGCAGGCCCUGAACGAGUCCUCGGGCAACAUUCUCGACGACGACAAGGUCAUCGACACACUCGAGACUCUAAAGAGAGAAGCUGCCGAGAUUACGCGCAAGGUUGAAGAGACAGACGUCGUCAUGAAGGAAGUUGAGCAAGUGACGACUGAGUAUCUCCCGAUUGCACAAGCUUGUAGUGCGGUCUUCUUCAUCCUGGAACAGCUCAAUCUAGUCAACCAUUUCUACCAGUUCUCGCUGCGCUUCUUCCUCGACAUCUUCGAUUACGUCCUCCACCACAACCCGAACCUCAUGAGUGUCUCAGAUCACCACCAGCGAAGAGAAAUUUUGCUCAAAGACCUGUUUCUCACUGUGUACAAGAGGACUUCGCGAGCCUUGCUUCAUCGUGACCAUGUGAUGCUUGCCGUUCUUCUUGCUCAGGUGAAGUUGCGAGGCGUUGAGGAAAUCUCCGACGACCUGGAGUUCUUGCUCGAUAGUGGUGACGGCGCUCUGGUACCUGGAGCGUCCGGAGAAAAACAGAUCGCUAUCCUUUCCCUGGAGCAAAUGCAGCGACUGGAGAACUUUGCUAAACACCCCGUGUUCAAACCUGUCCUCCAGCACAUCAUCGAGAACGAGGAUCAAUGGAUGUCAUUCUUGGAGUCCGACACGCCCGAACUCGCUGUUCCAUAUCCUUGGGAGCCAAGUACUCCUGCUGUCGAGGCGAUCCGAAAGAUUGCGCUCAUUAAAUGUUUGCGACCUGAUCGUCUCCUACAGUCGACUGCAACCUUCGUCAAGCUGGUAUUCGAAGCUGACGUCUCGCAAGUGUCCAGCUAUGACCUCGGCGCGGUCGUGAAUGACGAGGUAGUUGCUGCUACUCCCUUGUCGCUCGUUUCCGUCGCAGGCUACGACGCCAGUUAUCGUGUCGAGAACCUCGUCAAGAAUGUCGGAGCCCGAUCUGCUUCCGUGGCUAUGGGGUCUCAAGAGGGAUUCGCGCUAGCGGAUCAGGCCAUCGCGACGGCUGCUCGCCAAGGUUCUUGGGUGCUACUCAAGAACGUUCAUUUGGCACCAUCUUGGUUGGGUCAACUCGAGAAAAAGCUACAGACUCUGAGCCCGAACCGCAACUUCCGCCUUUUCUUGACCAUGGAGACCAAUCCGUCUAUCCCUGUCAAUAUUCUCAGGCAGUCUCGUAUCUUCAUGAAUGAGCCUCCUCCGGGAAUCAAAGCUAACCUCUUGGACUCGCUCCGUGGCAUCCCCGGCGCUCGUCUCUCGCAAGGUCCGGCAGAGAAAAUCCGCCUGUACUUCUUGCUUGCCUGGUUCCAUGCCGUUGUCCAGGAACGUCUUCGUUACGUACCGCUCGGAUGGUCGAAGAUCUACGACUUCAACGACUCUGACUUGGCAUCCGCUUUCAAUACUAUCGACGCCUGGCUCAACGCAGCGGCCAAGGGCCGCGCCAACGUCGACCCCGCGUCUAUCCCUUGGGAUGCUGUCCGCACACUCAUCAAGCAAUCCGUGUACGGCGGUAGGGUUGACAGUGACUUUGACCAAAGAAUCCUCGACGCGUUCGUGGAUGGGCUGUUCACUUCGCAGGCGUAUAACGUCGACUUCGACCUGGUGCCUACCAUCUCUGGCUCGCAGAAUCUCAGUGUGCCGGACGGUACCAAGCUCGAGCACUUCAUGUCCUGGGUGCAGAACCUACCAGAUCGGGAGCCUCCAGCAUGGCUUAGCCUGCCCCCAACAGCGGAGAGGGUUAUUGCAAUCGCGCAAGGAAACGAACUGCUUGGCAAGCUCCGAAAGAUGCGUAUGAUUGCGGACGACGACGACGAAGCAGCUACGAGCGGUCCUGUUAAGGGUCAGACGACACAGCAGCCAGCUUGGAUGCGCCAGCUCUUCGACCGCUGCAAGGAAUGGCUCGAGCAGCUGCCUGCUCAAUUCCACGGUCUUGACAAGCAGAGUGGCGACAACCAAGACCCUCUCUAUCGACUGUUCUUCCGCGAAGACAGCAUUGGCAAGAAGCUUCUUGGCCAGGUCCGCCGUGAUUUGGCGGAUGUCAUCAAGGUUUGCCAGGGUGAACUGAAGCAGACCAACCACCUGCGGACCCUCAUGAGCUCGUUGACAAAGGGUACGAUCCCUGACCACUGGCGCCGCUACAAGGUCCACAAGGCCAUGGCCGUCUCCGAGUGGGUGUCCGACUUUGCGCGCCGGCUCGCGCAGUUGACAAACAUCGCCGGGCUCGGUAACCUCAACAAUGUCGAGGUGUGGCUUGGCGGGCUGUUCUUCCCCGAGGCGUACAUCACGGCGACGCGCCAGGCUGUUGCGCAUCGCAAGAAAUGGAGUCUGGAGACGCUGCACCUGCAGCUCGAUAUUGAGCGCGUGAACGACCCGAGCGCGUUCAUCGUAGACGGCCUCGUACUCGAAGGCGCAAGCUGGACGACCGACAAGCUGACGCUGAACAAUGGCGAGACCGUGCGGCUGAACCCGUCGCAGAUCCGGUGGGUGCAGAAGGACGAGGCGCGGGCGGCUGCCGACGGCGAGACCGUGAACCUGCCGGUGUACCUCAACGGCGACCGGAGCGACGUGCUCUUCACCGUCGACCUGCCGUUCGACAGCGCCGCGGGCGCCCUGGUCGCGACGCGCGCCGUCUGUCUCACAGCCGGCGGCUGAUCUUCCGCAUCCGUUCUCGUGUUUGGGGUGGCUAGACGAUGAGAGCUUUCUUCAUGGUUCAUUCAUUCGGAGGUGAUACCACCGCUGCACGCACGCAAGAUACCUGUUUGUUUCAUAUGUGCAUUCGUUCGUUGCUAAGCUGCAUUGUCUGUGUAACUGGAUGCUGUAAUGGUUGACAUUGAUUUUCAUGACAAGAUUAAGGACGAGGGAGUGAUACAUAUGGAUAGUAUCAGUCGCUGCAUGCCAGGACGAGAAGCACCAGAUCAGUUGGCUGCGGAAGCCGAAGCGGCGCGAAUCGCAGAAGAGGUGGCGGUGUCGCCAGCACCAGCCUUGACAGUAAACUGCGCGCGCAUACAUCAGCCUCGGCACACGCGGCGCACAGCAGAAAGACAACUUCAGCAAUCACGUAGACUAUGUCGUCUAUCGCGGCGGUGGUGAUGGACAGCGAGCUCCAGGCGGUACAGGUCGUGUCCGGCAGGAGCAUGGCGUCCCGUUCGUCGGGAGCACGAACCCGGCAGAUGGGGAUGUCCGCUGCCGCCGCGAUCUCGAUGCCCAUUGGGCGUGGGGUUGCACUAGUCGUGCUGCGAUCUGCUGCCCGUUCAUGAGCGGCAGUCAGGCAGAAGACGACAAAGCUGUUCGGGAACGUCAGCAAGGGAAACUGGCCUGCGGCGGGUACGGGAAGGUAGCGCCGGGAAAGGAUACUCAUUGGUCCUGGCUAUUGUAGAGUUGUUGAUCAUUUGAGGGUACAAGGUGAGAGAGGUCUGGGGAUGCCGAUACCGGGGUUAUUAGAGUUUCCGGUGGCGCGACCUGUGCUGUUGGAAAUGGCACUCGCACUGGCUAUCCGAGCCUAGAAGACGUGGUCAG